CCAGACACGUGGGAGCGCACUGGGGGUAUUUGAAAGGUCUCAAGACCAAGAAGAUCUGGAGAAAUCCUUCAGGAUGAAGCUGAGUCUUACCAAAGUAGUUAAUGGCUGUCGCCUAGGAAAAAUAAAAAACCUAGGCAAAACAGGGGACCGCACCAUGGACAUUCCAAGCUGCCUUCUGUACACCAAGACUGGCUCUGCUCCUCACCUGACCCAUCAUACACUGCAUAAUAUCCAUGGGGUUCCUGCCAUGGCUCAGCUUACACUGUCAUCACUGGCAGAACAUCAUGAAGUCUUGACAGAAUAUAAGGAAGGAAUUGGGAAGUUUAUAGGCAUGCCAGAAUCACUCUUGUACUGUUCCCUGCACGAUCCAGUCAGCCCCUGCCCAGCUGGUUAUGUGACAAACAAGUCUGUGUCUGUGUGGGGUGUAGGAGGACGAGUGGAAAUGACUGCUUCCAAGUUCAUGGCAAUUCAGCAGGCCCUUCAGCCAGACUGGUUCCAGUGCCUCUCAGAUGGAGAAGCAUCUUGUGCAGAAGCAACUUCCAUAAAAAGAGCCAGAAAAUCUGUUGAUCGAUCGCUUCUGUUCCUGGAUCACUGUCUCCGGCUAUGGGAGGAGUCCGAGGUCCUUCAGAAAAGUACCAUCAUUGGAGUGAUUGAAGGUGGAGACGUGAUGGAGGAGAGGCUGAGGUCAGCACGAGAGACGGCCAAGCGGCCUGUAGGUGGCUUCCUUCUGGAUGGCUUUCAAGGGAACCCAACAACUCUGGACACUCGACUGGACUUGCUGUCAUCAGUUACCGCAGAGCUGCCAGAAGACAAACCGAGGCUCAUCUGUGGUGUUAGCCGGCCAGAUGAGGUGCUUGAGUGUAUUGAAAGAGGAGUGGACUUAUUUGAGAGUUUUUUCCCUUAUCAAGUGACCGAGCGGGGAUGUGCCCUGACUUUCAGCUUUGAUUUCCAGCCGGAUCCUGAGGAGACAUUGUUACAACAGAAUGGGACACAGGAAGAAAUAAAAUGUGUGGAUCAAACAAAGGAAAUGAAAACAACCAGUUGCAACCAUGAAAUGACAUCAUUUGAAAUUAAUCUGAAGGAAAAAAAGUACCGGGAGGACUUUGACCCAUUGGUGAAAGGGUGUUCCUGUUACUGCUGUAAGAAUCACACUCGUGCGUACAUCCACCAUCUGCUGGUGACCAAUGAACUGUUGGCCGGGGUCCUGCUAAUGAUACACAACUUUGAACACUACUUUGGAUUUUUCCACUCUAUCCGGGAAGCACUAAAAAGUGACAGACUGGCACAGCUGAAAGAACUCAUCCGCAGGCAAGCAUCUUGAGACCUGGCGUACAGAAGCCUAACUUCGCAGUGAGCCAGUACCACUGUUGUAAUGUGGGAAGAAGAGACCAAGAAAUGAUUUAGCUUUCAUCAUUUAUAUUUGAGAGUAAGGUCUGCUCAGACAAGGAACGUCUGUACCCAAUUCUGCCCACAUGAGGCUAAAGAGAUUUUCUUCUAAAGACUUAAGUGACCUGGAUUGAUUAGAAAGACAUGAACCAUGAACUUUAAUAUUUCUGUGCUAACUCUUUUAGUCAAUAGAGAUUUGUUUAGUCAAAGACAAAAGCUUUAGCUGUGAAGAGACAGCCUUGAAGUGGCAGUGAAGAGAUUCUGAGGGUUCACUGAGAUGGAUUGGAGCUUAAAGGGAGUUGAUUGGUCAUGAGUAACAUGACCUUGUGGACACAUGUCUGUUGACUGGAAUCUGCUUGAUUGAAGAGUUUUCUUUAAUUCCAUGCCCUCUUUUGGAUUCUUCUGCCUUCUAAGCUGCCCCAGCAGUCCAGUCAGUCAGAAAUGGCUCUUGCGACUUAAUUGGAUGCGCCUCUCCAUGGAAUGUGGGGCUCACACAUUGCUCCUAUGACCACUUGCCCCUGGGCACACUCCUUCGUUUGGCUACAUGGUCUGUUUGUGACUUGCCUCCCUAGAGCGAGCUGGAAGUUUACCUAGCUGCAUCUGGUUGUACAGGUCCACUAUAGUGUGCCCUUCGGGUUCAUUAAUAGUCUUACCACACAAUAACUGUAGCACCAUCACUUGGGGAGAUUCCUUCACUAUGUGUUCACUUAGACAGAGCUUUGGACUGGCAAUUAGAGGAUUGGGUUUCAGUGCUACUCACUUCUUCAUGCCUGUUUCUUCCUGAAUAAAUGGGGGUAGGCAUCGUGGAUAGGAUUAAAUGAACUUCUAAUAUUCCACCUGGCUCUGAUAUUUGGGGGACACAAAGUUGUAGGUCAGAGUCAUAGCCUUACUUGUCUUGUUUACUCUCACUAUUGGCCUGAUGAGAAAGCAGCUGUUCCAGGAGUUAGGCAAUAGUGGACAUUUGAGAGCCUGAAAAGAGGCUUGGCCUGUGGAUUUUGAGGUGGUUGGCGAAUCGGCAUUAGCAGGUCCUGAGGCUGGAAAGACCUUCCCAAAUCAUCUCUGAUUCUGUGAGUUUUUCUGCUCUUGCCAAAGGAGUGACAUUCAUGUUGAUGGUGUGACAGGUGACUUUGUGCGUAUG